UGCUCUGGCGGCGCUGUUGCCAUGGCGACGCAGCACGGCGCCGCUCCCGUUCCCGUUCCCGCUGCCUUCCAUCCUCGCCGCCGCUCCCUCUCUCCCAGGCAGCCGCUGGCCGCUACGGAGCCGUUAGAGCCCGCGGCCUAACGGCUGAGCCCAUGGCGGCACGGCCCGCCGGGAUGCCGGGAUGCGGCGGCCCCUCGGCGGUGAGGGAUGGUGCAGCCCGGUACAGCCCGGGCACCCGGGAGCUGCUCAGAGCGAUGAUGGAGGAGUCGAAGCUGACGCAUUUCCAGAGGCGAUACCUGAUGGAGUGUGUGGAACGAGGAGAUACCAUGCCCCUCCAGUGCCACCCCACAACCAGCAAAGAGCCAGCGCCUGCUUCCUCUCCACCUGCUCAUCAGCAGAGCAGGCUUUCAGCUAAACCCCAUCUCCGACCUGCCAGUGCCUGCCAGGCGGGAGAUUCCUACACCCGAGAGAAAUUCAAGCCACGGGCAACACGAGAUUUGGAAAAGGAGAAGCAAAGGCUCCAAAACAUCUUAGCAACAGGAAAGGAUGUGGUGGAGCACAAGGUGAAGCCAGUGGUGGUUCAGACCAAGGAAGAGGAGAUCCCCGAGCCUGACCGAUUUGAAGAAUUGGUGAAUGAAAUUCAGGAGAGAAAGGAGUUCCUGGCAGAGAUGGAAGCUCUAGGACAGGGCAAGGAGUAUCGAAGGAUCAUCCUCACUGAAAUCUCACAGAAAAUGCGUGAGAUGGAGAUCCUUGACAAGAAGAAAAGUGAGGAAAUGGAAGAGUUCAUGACAAAAGACUUCACUGGUGGGAACAAAUCUGAUCCCCAUGACUAGGCCAAGGGAAAACACAAGUGCAAUUUGUUCCCACUUCUUCUUCCCAGACUCUUAGAAUCCAAGUCUCAAGGGCUGGUCUGUGCCUGUGCCCGAAGAGGGGGCAGCACCUCAUGCUGCCUGAAGCCAGAAGGCAGGAGCAAUUUGUACAUAACUGGUGCCAGAAGAAAGCUAUUAUAAAAUCCUGCCCUCGCACAUGAUCCCUUAUUGCUUAACGAUAUUAAAGAGAUGAAAACACA